AUGAACCAUGAAAGUGCCAUCAAGUCAUGGUCCGAUUUUCCAGUUGAUAUACAAAGCGUGAUAAUGGAACAUCUAUAUUUCGAUGAUCAAAUCCGUUUUCGGGCCGUCUGCAAAAGUUGGCAAUGUAAUACUUAUGCUAUCAAAUCUGCAGAUCAAUUGCCUUGGUUAUUUACUUACGAUUACAACCAAGAUGAUAAGGUUAGUGGCUUUUGUUAUCUCUACAAUCCUUCUAAGAAAACAAAGUAUGAGAUUAAAAAGAAGUUACCGUUUGGAUCAAGGUUUCAUGAUUCAAAAUAUGGUUGGAUUCUUAUAUCCAAAGUAAACAAGAAUGUUCAUUGUUACUCUGCUCAUAGAUUACUCUUCGUCUUCUAUAAUCCUUUUACUGAUGAAACAAUAAAACUCCCGGUACCGGAACGUCCUCUUGACAUUCAUGAUUCUUGGUUAAUAUUCUCAGGCAAUCCAACUUCCAAAGAGUGUGUGAUAUUUGGUCAUGGGAUAUCGAUGGAACUCUACACAUGUAGGCCUGGAGAUACAAGAUGGACUCGCCAUUAUUGUUUAGAAUAUUUUGGACGAGAUAUUCUUAGUUUGGCUUGUGUUGAUGGAGUCUUAUAUUGUGCUUAUAGUGCUAGUAGAUUUGGAGGUGAAAAAAUUUGGUUGAGUUCCUUUAAGAUUAUAGCAAAACAGCAGAAAAUCGUUUUUGAUCCAAUUGACGUUCUCUCUUUUGCAAUUCCCUCAAGGGCAAUCUACCGUUGUAAACUAAUAGAGUCAGAUGGGAAUCUUUUAUUAACAUAUCCUGAAGAUGAUGAUGAUUCUUGUGUUGUUUUUAGGGUUGAUUUUUCAGAGAAGAAGUUGGUUGAAUUCGGAAAUUUGGAGAAGAAAAUGUUGUGUAAAGGUUCGGGAAAAUAUACAUUAGUUCCGUUAAUGGAGGCUGCAAUUGAAUUAGCCAAUACUGUACAUCAUAAUUGCUUCAUCAAGUUUGACUCUCAUUUUUAUAAGGCACCAAAAACUCACUUUUGUACUCCACAACCUUAUGACUGGAUUAAGAAACCAGAGAAAUCAGAGUAUGAGAGUAAUUGGAUUCAACCUCCAUUACAUGUUACAAGGUUUCAGAAAAAUCACUACUCCUGUUAA